AUGUCUCAGGGUCCGGUACCAGACACGGGGGUCGGGGUUGCAGAUUCCCAGGCUGACUACGACUUUUCGCAUGUGCCGGCGCAAGCGCUAGAUGCUGUAAGGAUGCGCUUGGCUCAACUCACUCAUUCCCAAGCGAAGCUCAAGGACGAAAUGGCAAGAGCAGAUCUGCCGCAGUGGCAUUCUUUGCAGGCACAAGUUAGUAUUAUCUUGACGCAGCUGCAGUCUUUAACUUCGACAAUUCAUCACUUUGAGGAAACGCUAGAUUCAACGGUGGUUUAUCCGCUGGCAAAUUUCCCAACAACCGCCCAUGAAGGUCUAUUGACAACUCUGUUACGCAAAAAGAAUAUACCCGAGGUCGACGAAUGGAUUAAUGAUGCCAAGGAAACCAGUGGAAUUGAUAUUAACACUGCCUCUCAUGAAGAUAUAAAGACUGCUCUUCGAAGUGACGAAGAGCUAACCAAAUGGGCGCUUGAUUUCCUAAAGCAAGAGCACAGCAAUUACAGCUACCACGGAUUUUACACUGCACGCGAGCUCUCUGCUGGCGCUUCUCCUGAUACUCAAGAUACGUAUCAGCGUGCCCCGAGCAGCAAAAAGCCCAAGAAACCAUUUGAUGCCAACAAUGUCUUAAAAAUGAUUCAUCAAGGUACUUUCAGUUAG